GUCGGAAACAGGAAGUGCGUCACAAUCGGGCGACCGGGGACAGUUCCCCCAUUUUGGCGUUGAAAGGGAAGAAGUUGAAAAGUGUUUGUUCGUUGUUCGGUCUGUUAAGCGACCCUCUGAGUAUUUCACCAUGGCUAUGCAAGCAGCGAAACGCGCUAAUAUCCGAUUACCUCCUGAGGUGAACAGAAUCCUGUACAUCAGGAACCUUCCUUACAAGAUCACAGCUGAGGAAAUGUACGAUAUCUUUGGGAAAUAUGGACCAAUACGGCAAAUCAGAACGGGGAACACACCUGAAUCAAGAGGAACAGCCUAUGUGGUUUAUGAAGAUAUCUUUGAUGCAAAGAACGCCUGUGACCAUCUAUCUGGAUUCAACGUCUGCAACCGUUACUUGGUGGUUCUCUACUACAAUGCAAACAGAGCUUUCCAGAAGAUGGACACAAAGAAGAAAGAGGAGCAGUUGAAGCUCCUAAAAGAGAAAUACGGCAUCAACACAGACCCUCCAAAGUAGCAUUCUGUGGAAUAUUCUGUUCUCUUUCCGUAUCUGGAAAAUCCCAGAUCUCAUUUUUCUUUUCUGUACAAACUUGUUGUGUCAGGGCACUGAGUUGUGUUCCAGUCACAAAGAAUGUUGUUGCUUACAAUUCAGUUGUCGCUUUGAGUUUCAUAUCUUUAACUUCAAAUUUGUAUUUUACUGUCAACGCAAACAAGAGACUCUUCAGCAUCAAAUACCUUUGACCAUGAUUCAGAUUAGGGACUGGACUAAUUAUUUACCCAGGGUGACUUGUUCUUCAUUUUAAUUUUUUUGGUCUCAUUUAUCUGUACACUUAAUUUAAAGAUAGCCACAGCCUGCGAUAUGACCUAAAUUUGAGUUGAUCAGUAAUGAUGAUGUGAAGUUUAAUCUUUCUGUAAAAUAAAUGUUCCUUUGCUAAAAA